AAAAAUAAGAAAAAACAAAGCCCUGCAAUUGCCUCCUCUUCCUCUUCCUCUUCCUCCUCCUCCUUGCUCGAAUUUAGUAAUUGAAUCGGCAACGGACGGAGUGGUCGAAGAAGAAAAUGGAGCGAUCGAUCAAACCCAUCCAGCAGCAGCAUCACCAAAUCCCCUCCCCGGCGGCUCUGAAGCCACUAUCCAAGGGCACAAAGGCGUCCGAGGCCGUGCCCCUCCCUCUCUACCUCACUAACGGCGUCUUCUUCACCUUAUUCUUCUCCGUGGUUUACUACCUACUCAGCCGCUGGCGCGAGAAGAUCCGCAACUCCACCCCUCUCCACCUCAUCACCCUCUCCGAGAUCGCCGCCAUCGUUGCCUUCGUUGCUUCCUUCAUCUACCUCCUCGGCUUCUUUGGCAUCGGCUUUGUCCAGUCUUUGUUUCUCCGUUCUUCCCACAACGACGUCUGGGGCUCCGAUGACGACCUCGACCUUCAAGAACAAGACGUUGACCAGAUUCUCCUCAAGGACGACACUCGUUCCACUCCCUGCGCGGCCGCACCUCCUCCUCCUUCCGUUGUCGAUUUCCCUUCAAAACCCAAGGAGGAGGCAGCAGCUUUUGAAUCAUCGGACGAGGAAAUCAUCAAGUCCGUAGUUGCUGGAACCACUCCCUCUUAUGCCCUGGAGUCGAAGCUCGGGGAUUGCUACAGAGCCACAGCUAUUAGGCGGGAGGCAUUGCAGAGGAUGACUGGGAAGUCGCUUGAUGGGCUGCCCUUGGAUGGCUUCGACUACGAGUCAAUUCUGGGGCAGUGCUGCGAGAUGCCUGUAGGAUAUGUUCAGAUCCCGGUGGGUAUAGCGGGUCCUCUCUUGCUGGACGGCAAGGAGUAUUCGGUUCCGAUGGCCACAACAGAGGGUUGUUUGGUGGCCAGUACUAACAGGGGUUGUAAAGCCAUUUACGUCUCCGGUGGGGCAAGCGUGUUGAGGGAUGCUAUGACCAGGGCUCCUAUUGUCAGGUUCGCCUCCGCCAAGAGGGCCGCCCAAUUGAAGUUCUUCAUGGAAGAUCCCCACAAUUUCGAAACUCUGUCCCUCCAUUUUAACCGGUCUAGCCGAUUUGGUAGGCUACAGAACAUUAAAUGCGCGAUUGCUGGGAAGAAUCUGUACAUGAGGUUCUCGUGCAGCACCGGAGACGCCAUGGGAAUGAACAUGGUAUCCAAAGGUGUACAGAACGUUUUGGAUUUCCUUAAGAAUGACUACUCGGACAUGGAUGUGAUUGGCAUCUCUGGAAACUUCUGUUCGGACAAGAAGCCAGCUGCAGUGAACUGGAUAGAAGGACGGGGUAAGUCAGUUGUUUGCGAGGUUAUAAUAAAGGAGGAGGUAGUGGAGAAGGUUCUAAAAACAGAUGUUGCAUCAUUGGUGGAGCUAAACAUGCUGAAGAACCUCACGGGUUCAGCCAUGGCAGGAGCACUAGGGGGAUUCAAUGCCCAUGCGAGUAACAUAGUUUCAGCAAUCUAUAUAGCCACGGGACAAGAUCCGGCGCAGAACAUAGAGAGUUCACACUGCAUCACAAUGAUGGAAGCAGUGAACCAAGGGAAGGACCUUCACGUGUCGGUAACAAUGCCUUGUAUUGAGGUGGGGACGGUGGGAGGGGGUACCCAGUUGGCAUCACAGUCGGCGUGUCUGAACCUGCUUGGGGUCAAGGGAGCAAGCAAAGAGUCAGCUGGAUCAAACGCAAGGCUGUUGGCCACAAUUGUAGCUGCUUCUGUUCUUGCUGGGGAGCUUUCUCUCAUGUCAGCUAUUGCUGCUGGACAGCUUGUCAAAAGUCACAUGAAGUACAACAGAUCUAACAAAGAUGUUUCCAGACUUGACCACCACCAGACCACUACCCAUAAAUCAUCGUAAAUCAUAAAUCCUAAUCCUAAUCCUAAUCCUAAUCCUGUCAGCAAUUACAAUUGCCCAUCUCUCUGUCUCUCUCUUCUAUAUUAUAUUUCAGGCGUUCAUAACAAAAAAAUAAAAAAAUAAAAAAAAACAAAAAGCAAAAACAAAAAAAGAGCCACCCCCACCCACAGCACAAGCUGUUGCUUUAUAAGAAUAAUAAUUGCAGAGGUCAGCUGGUGGUACUAACAAGAUGAUAUGCAUGUAUGGAGGAUAAGCUGCCAACUCGAACAAAACUGUUUUGUGGUUUGUUUGUUUGUAUGUUUUGUAUUUGUAUUACUGAGCAAGGUUGGGGGGUGGCCCGCCAUUAAUUCUUAGUCUUGUAAUUUUUAUUUAUUUAUUUUUCUCCUCAAAGUUCAGUCUGUUUAUGUUGUACUCACAAGUCUUCUUUUGUAUCUACACUUCAAUAAUAUAUUCAAUCAAGGACAUUUCAAUUGGGAUGCAA